AUGACGACAGGUCGACCGCUCUCGAUGAGCCAAGGCCCCUCAUGGGCAUUGAACGAUAGCCCUUUCGACGACGACCACGCAACGGCCACCCAAGCAUUCGACAGCGGCCUCGAUUUCGAAGAGACGGAUCAGUUCAACCCCAAUGGCCUGGCUCAUGGAGGCCACACCAGAACAUACUCAUUCGCUGGUCCAAAGUCGCCCAUACGCACGCCUGUGAAGCCUUCAUUCAAAGGCCACCUCCGUCAAGGCUCUGGCUACGCUCUCUCGCCAGUCUCGGCCGCCUUCCCCGAGCACAUCCUCGACCACACACACGACCCGACUCCAGCUCGCGGUCACACUCAUAGCCAGAGCACCCAUAGCGACCACAGCGCUUACUCCUUAUCCAAUGGCCAUAUCCACAACCAUGCGCAUACUCACGAACAUGGCCACUCACACGACCAUUCUCACGACCAUGCGCAUACUCACAAUCACACCCACAGCCACGACCACGCCCCCCAACAUGCGCCCAUUCAUGCGACAUCAUCCAACAGUCCAUCGUCUUCCCUCGUCGAAAUUUUGACCGGCAUUCUCAUACCCAUACCCUACCUCCUCGCAUCCGCCGCGUACUCGACGCCCAACACCAACUUUCCUCCUCUGUCCGCAUAUGCGCGUCUGCAACAGGCUGUACCAGACGGCAAGAAGAUUGAAGACUACACAAACGCACACCAUGCCUCGAGUCUGCUACAAGCAUGUACAUUAACAUCUGGCACUCUCCUCCUCAUUGCCAUAUUGGCAAACAUUCGCGCUUCAGAAAGAGGUUUGGACAAGCGGAAAAGCUCAAACGCCGGCCUCACCCCUCCUGGGCCUCUGACCUUGCAGUCAAUACUCGCCAUGGUCACGAGCACCUUCAGAGUUGGUCUACCAUAUUAUGCUGCUAUCCAGAUUGGCGGCCUGCGAGUUGGCUUGGUCUUGUUGGUCGCCCUUGCUUCAGGCAUAUCUUGCUUUGACAGGCAUUCGAAGUCCUUCUUUGCAUCUUUCUCUUCUCGACCCCUGACUCUGGCUGCACUCGUACUUUGCGUCUUGGCUGAUGCAUUUGGCAUGACUGUUUAUGCUGAUGUCUAUCACCUCGCGACUGGCUAUGCAGCUCUUCUGACCUCGGUCUUCUUACUGCACCCGCCCUUGCCAGCAAAUGGCUCAUCUACCUCGCCUCUCAUCGCCACUCCUUCCGAUACCACCACCACUCUCAUCCUGUGCGAACGAGACUCGCGCCGCAUCGCCUACUUCACCUGCCUCAACUUUGGCUUCAUGCUCGUUCAAGCCUUUUACGGCUGGGUCAGUGGCUCUUUGGGCUUGCUGUCCGAUACCGUACACAUGUUCUUCGACUGUUUAGCUUUAGUCAUUGGUCUCGGCGCCGCCGUGGCCAGCAAAUGGCCCACAAGUCCUGAAAUGCCUUUUGGCUGGGGCAAACUCAACGUGCUCGCAGGCUUUGGAAAUGGCAUUUUCCUCAUGUUGGUUUCUGUGGAGUUUAUCUGGGAAGCUGUGGAAGGUAUUAUGGAAGGGACUGAGUUGCGCCAUGUAGAGGAACUACUGGUGGUAAGCACAUUAGGGUUCUUGGUUAACAUGGUGGGGCUUUUUGCAUUUGGACAUGCGCAUCAUGGACAUGAUCACGAUCACUCCCAUGCCCAUGACAACGAAAACAUGCAUGGCAUUUACCUGCACGUUGCCGCUGAUGCAGGAGGUUCUUUGGCCGUGAUCCUAUCUACGAUCCUCACACUCUGGAAACCUUGGUACCUGUGGGACCCAUUGGCUACCAUCGUCAUCGCUGUCUUGAUUUUCUUGGCUGCAGUCCCUUUGGUCAGAGACUCGGGCGGGAAAUUACUGCUUGUUAUCCCUGAUGACUUGGAAUAUGGACUCAAGACUGCUUUGCAGGAACUCAGUGGCUUGAGAGGUGUGGUUGGGUAUAAGGUGCCGAGGUUCUGGGUUGAGGAUGAUGGGGUGAUGAUCAUGGCCACGAUCACCAUCACGAUCACCAUCACGAUCAUGAUCAUGCCCACGACCAUGCACAUAACGAUCACCACUCUCACGAACCCCCAAAGAAAAAAAAUCCUAGGCGUCAUUCACGUCUUCUGCGCGUCAGCAGCCGACCCAGAAGACGUGCGCGAACGCGUAAACGACUAUUUCCUGCAACUAAACAUGCAUGUAGUCGUUCAAGUGGAAAGAGAAGGAGAAGGAAGGUGUUGGUGUGGUGGUGGUGUCAAGAGUGGAUAG